AGGAAACAGCGCACGGCGAACAGCGAAUGAGAGGGAUCGACGAACGCAUAGUUAAAUCCCUAACAAACGCCUCGUCGGACUCCCUCCUCUGGAUCUCGCUUCCUUCUGAUCUCGGGAUCCCGUUGGGUUCGCUUCCGCCGCGAUUCGGGGUUUCAAUUUUUUUUUCCGAUACGCUUGAUUUCCUCGAGAUUGGAUCCUUCGAAGAAGUGAUAUCUGCUUCCGCUGUUGUUUUACCCAAGGCUGUGCUCGCGGAUCAGUUUGGAUCGCCGUGGGAGGAGGGGUCCGGGGACGAAUUCUGAAAGGGAGUUUUUUCUUUUUCCUUCCCUCGGGAUGGCGUCGGCGAAGGUCAUGUCGAGUUCGGUCGCUUCAUCGCGCAAGCAAGGGCAUCUCGAAUUGGGCAAGAAGAAGCUGGAAGAGUUCCGAAAGAAAAAAGCUUCUAAACAGGCUGCAUCUGCUAGUCAACUGCAGUCAGCUGAUUCAGACCAAUACCUUGAUACUUCUAAAAUCAAUCAGCAUAAUGGAGGCGAAUCUCCCUUGGAUAGAAAUGGCAGAGCUAUGUCUGACACUUCAGGCACAACAAUGCCUAAUGAAGAUAAAAUAGUCAUUUCUUCGUUGAGCAGUGAUCUUGAUUCUUCAAAAAGGAUGUUUGUCUCUUCAUCUUCUUUGAACUUCAGCAAUCAUGCAUUACAGAAUAAUGCUGUGCAAGAGUUAAAGGAUAGGACAUCCAAGUUGCAGGAAAACUCAACCUUUUCUGGAUUAUCUAAUGGUUUUUAUGACCACUGGAAAGAGAAAAAUGAGCUUAGCAGUAGCAAGGAAUCAAAGGCUGGAUUAGUUGAUGGCUUCAAAAGAGACCAAACUAUUGCUUUUAAUCCAGAUAUUAGAGAGCCAUAUGUUGAUGCACAAAUUGACUAUUCAGGUUCUCGUUUGCACAAUGUUCAGUCAGGUGAUAUAGGGAGCAGAAGUUCUUCCACAACUCACAAGCAUGAUAUUGAUGUACCAGUUACUUAUGAUAUGAGCAAUGUUCCUGAGAAGUUGGAAACUAUUUCUGCAAGUAACACCAUUGAUCUGCUGAGCACAUCAGCUGGUGUUUCUGGGGUAAUUGAUGCACAAAAACCAUUUCUAAGUAGCAACCUGAAUAAUAAAAUGGGUGCUCUUAGCUUGGGUGGAGGAAGAAUUUCUGAUGCCAUUAGUCGUCGUCUUGAUGCUGUGAAUACAUCUUUCCAGGCACCAGAGUCUUCAUCAACAAACUUUGGUCCUGGUUUUGAAAGUUUUUCUAGCGAACAGUUUCCUUUGACGUCUUAUGGAACUAAUUUUGGUCGAUCCCGUCCUUCAUUUCUUGAUUCUCUUAGUGUCUCCACAGUACCUUCUAUGUCCAAUUCUCUCCAUGGCAAGCAUGAUAGAGAUGCUACUCCUGGAAUGUUUGAUGGCUCAAAGUUCAAGAACACUGAGAAUCACUUAUCUUCGGUUACAGUGCAGCCAUCUAGAGAAAAUCUUUUGGAAAAAUCCAUAAGCUCUACAAAUUUAGAUUCUUUGGAGGAGAAGCUAUUCACUUCUAAUAGUUUGGCUUCUUUGAAUAAUGAGCAACAACUUGACUACAGAACAAGUGACCAGAAGGAACCUGAGUUCCCAUCUACAAAGAAAGAUGAAGAUUUUUCUGCUCUGGAACAGUAUAUUGACGAUUUAACUCAAGAGAAAUUUUCAUUACAACGAGCGCUAGAGACAUCUCAAGCUCUAUCAGAAUCGUUGGCUGCUGAGAAUACAGCAUUAACCGAUAGCUUUAACCAACAGGGCAAAGUAGUCAAUCAGUUAAAAUCUGACAUCGAAAGAUUGGAGGAGGAAAUGAAGGCACAAAUGCUUGCACUACAGACUGUUAAGUUGGAGUGCACUAAUGCUCAGCUAGAAUGCAAUGCUGCUGAUGAGAGAGCCAAAUUACUUGCAUCUGAAGUAAUAAGCUUAGAAGAGAAGGCACUGAGGUUGAGGUCUAAUGAGCUAAAGUUGGAAAAGGAAUUGGAGAACUGGAAAUCUAAUUUAGCACCAUAUCAGCGUAAAGUUUCCAUUCUUGAGAAAGAGCGUCAAGAUUUUCAAUCUACUGUUGAUGCCUUGCAAGAAGAGAAGAAAGUCUUACAGUCUAAGCUGCGAAAAGCAUCUAAUGACGGAAAAGCAAAGGAUUUAGUAGCAAGUUCCUCAUCUAGACAGGAUGCAGCUACCUCCACCGAGGAUCUAGAUGUUGAGACUAGUAUCCAAGGAACAAUGCUGCAGAAUGGUAUAAAUAGGACUCACGAUGUCAGGCCAUCUGAAUCUCUAUCUGGUGAUACUUCUAUAUCCUGUUCUCUUCAUGAUGAUAGAACAAUUGACCUUCCAGAUGCAUCUGCUGAUCUUCCACAUGAUCAGCAUCGAAUGAUUGAGAACAUCAGGGCAUUAAUAUCUGAGUUAGCGGUGGAGAAAGAAGAGUUGGUACAAGCUCUGAGAAUCGAAUCAUCUAACUGUUCCAAAAUGAAGGAAUUGAAUAAAGAACUGUCCCAGAAACUUGAGGUUCAAACCCAGAGGUUAGAACUCUUGACUGCUCAAAGAAUGGCUAACGAAAAUCACUUGGUAAAACCAAUGGACCACCGUGGUGCACAUGAUAUGACUGAAUAUGCUGAUGAGGGUGAUGAGGUGGUCGAGCGGGUGUUGGGUUGGAUAAUGAAACUCUUCCCCGGAGGGCCAGCAAAACGUCGAACCAGCAAGCUUCUAUGAUUGGCAGCACAGCAAAUCUGUAAACUUUAUUUUCUUCUAUCAUAUCAAAGUUAUAUAUACACAUGGAGAUCUACAACCUGUACAUCGGCAGCCGGUAACCAUCAUUCAAAUUACAUCAAAAAUACAACUACACUUCCAUCAAUUCUGUGGAAGUGCGCCAAUGGAUUAAACAUAAACCAUCUGAGUUGCCCCUGCAUUCUUUUGUAUUCAUUCAUUCUCAGUCCAUCGAGCAAUGAUGCAGUCUAAGAAGCAACAGCCGUGUUAACCUCCAUUCCAUGCUAUUCCAGUUUCUGAUUCCUUCAAGGCAGAUUUGGUAUUGAAGCGCUGAUGGAGAUUAUAAACCGAGGCUUUGCUUAUGUUUAUCUUCUUUUUUUUUCCUGCAGUGUUCUUUGUAAAUGAUCGUUGGAAUUGUUAUAUAAGUGAGAAUAUGUUCGGUGUCAUUAGUCAUGUUGAUUCAUUCACUCACUCACCAGAUUAGAAUUUCAAUCCAUUGCAAAAUUUUCAGUUUUUUCUCCCCA